ACCGACCUGACAAGCCAAUCUUCACUCAUUAAAAUGAUUAUCCCCUCCCUUGCCGUUGCGGCUCUUUCCGUGGGCACAGUGGCAGCCAGCCACCCUGCCCCGGCCAAGUACGACUUUGUCAUCGUGGGUGGUGGUACCAGUGGAUUGGUUGUUGCCAACAGACUUACAGAACUGAGCAAUGUGACUGUGGCUGUCAUCGAGGCCGGAGAGUCGGUUCUCAACAACUUCAACGUCACCGAUGUGCAGGGAUACAGCCUGGCUUUCAACACCAACAUCGACUGGGCUUACCAGACCGAGAAUCAGACGUAUGCUGGAGGUCUGAAGCAGACCAUCCGUGCUGGCAAGGCUAUCGGUGGUACCAGUACUAUCAAUGGAAUGUCCUACACCCGCGCCGAAAACGCUCAAAUCGAUAACUGGGAACGGGUUGGAAACAAGGGCUGGAACUGGAAGAACCUGCUCAAAUACUACAAGAAGUCGGAAGGUUUCGAGGUGCCCACCAAGGACCAAGUGGCCCACGGUGCCAGCUACGACGCCGACGUGCACGGAAAGAACGGUCCCCUGAAGGUUGGAUGGCCUACUGCCAUGACCAACGGCAGCGUCUUCACCGUCCUCAACGAAACCAUGGAAAACCUGGGCAUUCACUACAACCCUGAUGCGAACAGCGGAGAGAUGGUCGGAUUCACCACCCACCCGGACACCCUCGACCGCGACAACAAUGUCCGUGAGGAUGCUGCCAGAGCCUACUACUGGCCCUACGAAGCCCGCUCCAACCUGAAGAUCAUCUCCAACACUCAGGCAAACAAGAUCAUCUGGUCCAACACCACCGGUGACGCCAUUGCCACUGGUAUCGAGGUCACCGGUCCCUACGGAAAAGAAACCAUCUACGCCUCCAACGAAAUCAUCCUCUCCGCUGGAGCCUUGAGAUCCCCUGCCCUGCUCGAGCUCUCUGGCGUCGGCAACGCCGACAUCCUCCAGAAGCACAAGAUUCCCGUCAAGAUCAACAUCCCCACCGUCGGCGAGAACCUCCAAGACCAGACCAACAAUGCUUUUGCCUGGGAAAGCAAGGGCCUCCUCACCGGCCUGGCCACCUUCUCUGCCUUGACCUCCGUCGACCAGCUCUACGGCGAUGACGUCUCUGCAUUGGCCUCCUCCAUCAACUCUACCCUCGCCACCUACGCCAAAGCCGUUUACAAUGCCUCCAACGGCGCCGUCAACGAAACAAACCUCCUGGAAGCCUUCAACCUCCAGUACGACCUGAUCUUCAACUCCCAGGUCCCCUACGCCGAGAUCGUCUUUGCCCCUAGUGGUGAAACUUUCAGCGUCGAGUACUGGCCCCUCCAGCCCUUCUCCCGAGGAAGCGUCCACAUCACCUCUUCCAACGCCUCCGACCUCCCCGCCAUCAAUCCCAACUACUUCAUGUUCGAGCAGGAUGCUUCCGCCCAGAUCGAUGUGGCCAGAUACAUCCGCAAGGCCCUGAGCACUGCUCCUUUGAGCGGAAUUGUCGGCGACGAGGUCUCUCCUGGCCUCAGCCUUGUUCCUGCCAACGCAACCGACUCUGCUUGGAAUGACUGGGUCGUGGCACACUACAGACCCAACUACCACCCCGUCGGCACCGCCAGCAUGCUCCCCCGGGAGAAGGGCGGUGUUGUCGACACCGAGCUCAAGGUCUACGGCACGAAGAACGUUCGUGUCGUUGAUGCCUCUGUUCUUCCUUUCCAGCUCAGCGGUCACUUGACCAGUACGCUGUAUGCCGUGGCUGAGAAGGCUUCGGAUCUGAUCAAGAAGAACUACUACACUGCUUAAUGUGGACGUGGUUGGACAUUCCCGCCGCACAGUACCC